GUGGUUGUGUAUUUGAGGGGAGGACCCGUCUCCCGGGCUCCCCGAUCUGGAUCCGCCGCUGGCCGCUGUCACUGCCAGACGCCCUCUAAAGUCGGGGGAUCUGUCCCGACCAGACGACACUGUCGCACGGGUCCUGGCCUCCAGCGGUCCUCUCCGCAAUCUGUAGACACUCGCACUGUCGGAACGCAGCCACCAGUCGCGGGACAAUCUGAAGGUGCCGCCGCCGAUCCUGUUCCCACUGUGCGCCAUGGAGGGCCGCUCCAUCGAGGUGUUCACGGUGAACGCGUUCACGGCGGAGCCGUUCGCGGGGAACCCGGCGUCCGUCUGCCUGCUGGAGGACCCGUCGGCGCCAGACGUCCUCCUGCAGGGGAUCGCCGCCCAGAUGAACCACUCGGAGACGGCGUUUGUGACGCGCCUCUCCGAGGGAGACCAGUUUGACACGGCCGACACGUUCCGCCUGCGCUGGUUCACGCCCACCACCGAGGUGAAGCUCUGUGGACACGGCACCAUGGCGGCCGCCGCCGUCCUCGUCAAGGUGGUGGGUAACAAGCAGCCGCAGCUGACGUUCGUCACGCGCUGGGAGCUGCGGCUGACGGCCGUCAGGGACGAGGACAGGAUAGAGCUGGAGCUGCCGCUGAACGCGCCGCAGCCGGUGCCGGCCCAGCGGUUCGCGCAGCUGGCGGCUGCUGUCUGCGGGCAGCUGCCCGUGGCCGAGAGCCAGCUGUCGGAGGAGACCGGGAAGCUGCUGCUGAGACUGGAGGACAGCUGCACCGUUCGGCAGCUGGAGGAGCUCAAGCCGGAGGUGGGCCAGCUGCCGCGGCUCCACGACGGCAGUGAGGUACGCGGCGUCAUCGUCACGCUGAAGGACGGCGGCAAGUUCGACUUCCAGAGCCGCUACUUCGCGCCGUGGGUGGGCAUCCCCGAGGACCCGGUGACGGGCUCGGCACACACGGUGCUGGCGCCGUACUGGGCUCGCCAGCUCGACUCGGAGCGACUGUGGGCGCGCCAGUGCUCGGCCAGGGCCGGCCAGCUGGGCCUGGCCGUCGACUGGGACCGCCAGCGGGUCCUCGUUUACGGAGAGGCCGUCGUCGUCCUCCAGGGAAAGCUGAGGAUCCCGUAGCGUGGUGAAUGCGGAACGCUGGGCCGUGCUAUAUCCAUGUGGGGCAUUUUCGGGGGUUUGGCACUAAAUAUGCAGGUGCCGAGUGCAUGGUUAUCAAAUUACUGGAAGUGUAUUUGCAUGUAGAACCGACGGUAUACAACGCGAAAUAAACCCUAUCCUGCGCGUUAUGCACGAGCUGGUCUCUGUUAUCUGUCUCUGUCUAUCUGUCUUUUAAGCCCCUUUCACCUUACUCCGUGCGGUGUCACUGUUGGCUCUCAAGCUCUACCGACAAAAGUAGUGAACUGGUGCGCCACUGAUAUUUUGCCUGCUGCUAUUUUUGAGUGUCGUUUUAUUUGUCAAAUGUUCAACCAUGUCGAAAGAACAUUCAAUAAAACUGCUGUGAGUGCUGAG